UUGACAUGGUCGAGCUAGAGCAGGUGUACGGGGGCUUGUCUCAAAGGCAUCUGUCGGAGGAAAUAAGGAAAUGGGCCCGGAUCCACGGGUUCGUAUUCGAAGACGGUACUGCGCUGCCGGUGAGCCUGGUGCCCCAAAGCAUCAAGAAGGAACUGUUCGACCGGGCGGCGGAACUGGCGCCGCUGUUCAACAAGCUCAUCCACCGAAUGGCUCAGGACUCCGAAUUCCUGUUCGGCGCUUUUGAAAAUUUGGGCGAUCCGUUGAUAGAAAGGCUGCUGUGGGUGCUGAAGCACGUGAUGGACGAGGGCGGGUACGCUCAGAAAGUGAUGUUGGGAAUUCACAGGUCGGACUACAUGUUCGAGCGAGAGCGAAUGCUGCAAGUCGAAAUCAACACGAUCAGCGCGGCGUUCGGGUACUUGUCAACGCUUGUGGGUCGCCUUCAGAGAUACGUGUCCGAGAAGUGCGCGGGGCAGAAGAUGCAGAAACCAGAGAGUCAGCAGAACGACACGUUGGGCGCGUACGCGGAGGCGUUUCAGAAGGCGAUGGAACUAUACAGGUGCAGCAUGCGCGGGAAGUGCAAGGAGGAUCUGGUGGUGCUGAUGAUAGUCGAAGAGACGGAGUUUAACACCAUGGACCAAUACGGACUCAUAUGCUCUUUAUGGGACAUGUGUCGCAUUCGAAUGAUUCAGAGAGGAUUCAGCUGGCUGUCCAAGAACGCCCGUUUGGACGCCAACACGCGCGCCCUGAUAUUGGAGGAGCGAUACGAGGUAGGAGUGGUUUAUUACAGGACGGGAUACCGCUUAGAGGACUACGACGGAGGCUACCGGGAUUGGGACACGAGGCUGUUGAUCGAGCGCUCAAUGGCUAUCAAGUGUCCGAGCGUCGUCUAUCAGCUUCUCGGGGCCAAGAUAGUACAACAGAUAUGGUCGCAAGGACAAGUGCUGGAAAAGUACUUGGACAGCGCCGAAGAGUGCCAAAAACUUCGAGAUUGCUUCGCGCAGUUCUUCCUGCUAGACGUUCCUCCAGACGAGUGGAACAGUCUGAUGGACAAGAUCAGAAGCAACCCGAACGGAUACGUGCUGAAACCGCAGCGAGAGGGCGGCGGAAGUCUACUCUGGAGAGAGGAGAUGGUCCGGUUUUUGGAAAAUCUGCAACCCAAAGAUAGAAGAGCGUACACUUUAAUGCAACGCAUUUUUCCCCAACUCCAGCGGUCGUUAGUCUACAUGAAGGGCACCUGCAUUCCGGGCGAAAUCUCGUCGGAGCUAGGCAUUUUUUGCUUCAUGUUGGCCGACGACAAGCAAGUUUAUAUAAACCGAUACGGCGGCUGGGUUCUCAGGUCGAAACAAGCCCACCAAGAAGACGGCGGCAUCGUUUCCGGGCGCGCCUUUUUGAACGAAAUUCUUCUGACUUAG